AUGGACAACUAUUACAAUAGUAUUGCUUUGGCCAAGAAACUACUUUUGAAGGGAACCUACGUGACUGGAACACUAAGAGCGAACAGGAAGGGCAAUCCAUCUGAAAUUACUUCUAAGAGAUUAGCUAGAGGUGAAACUGUUAGCAAAUACUCCGGUGGAGUUACAGUUGGGAAAUGGCGUGACAAGAGAGACGUGUUAUUCAUUUCUACAGAAUUCGAUGGUGAAAUGGUGCAAGAGGAAAAUAGACGAGGAGAAAGUAAGCAAAAACCCAAAGCGAUCAUUAUGUACAAUAAGUACAUGUCAGGAAUAGAUCGCCAAGACCAGAUGCUUUAG